AUGUCUGUUCAUGCUUCACCCGCCGUCGCCUUGCCCACCUUGGUCCUCUCCUCUGGGCUCACUGGUACCGAGUUCAGCCAAGCAUUGAGCCCCGGAUUGACAGUAGUGGCCGCGCUACUCCUCGCAAGUCUGUAUCUACUCCCCUUCUUCACGAAGAUCGACCCGUUUGGUCGUCGUCCACGGGACAAGGAUGGGAAUGUGAUUCCUGACGGGCCAAUGGGCCUCCCGCUCCUUGGCUCGUUCCCGUUCCUGACGCACUACCCUGAACUGACGCUGGACUAUUGGCGCAAGAAGUUCGGGCCGCUGUACUCGAUGUGGCUGGGGAAUCAGUUGUUCGUGGUCGUGUCUGACCCAGGGAUCGCGAAGGACUUGAUGGUGACGAACGGGUCUGUAUUCUCGUCUCGCAAGGAGAUGUUUGUGAAGAGCCAACUUGUGUUUGUUGGCCGCGGAAUCACCGCGACGCCAUACAACGACCGUUGGCGCAAGCAUCGCCGAAUUGCGACAGGAUGGUUGAACUCGCGCGCGGUGGCCGGGUACACGGACGUGCUCGAUCACGAGGCGACGGUCAUGGUGCAAGAAUUAUACAAGAUGGGCAAGGCUGGACACGCACCGAUUAACCCACAGCCACAUGCUGGCCGUUGCUCGCUGAACAACAUGUUGACGAUCGUCUUCGGCAUGCGCACGGACUCCACUGAGCACCCGCUCGUCGGGAGGGCUCUCAAGCUUUCACGAGAAUUCAUGAACUGCACAGGCCCGGUGUCGAAUCUAGUCGACUUCUUUACGCCACUGCAGUGGAUCCCGACAAUCAUGUCCAUUCGCGGGAAGAAGCUGCACAAGGGCCUGGUAGAGACGUACGGUGGGAUGAUCAACGACAUUGAGCGCAGGAUGAAGGCGGGUGAGGACGUGCCCGAGUGCUUGGCGAAGACGAUGAUCCUUGCGCGGGACGAGGAGCAGUUGGACCACUUGGACAUGGCGAUCCUGACCUCGGCAUUCAUGAUUGGCGGUGUUGAGACGACUGCGUCCAUCAUGCAAUGGUUCUCUGCACUCAUUCCUGCAUACCCUGAGAUCCAGAAGAAAGCGCAGGAGGAGCUCGACCGAGUGGUUGGACGCGACCGCCUGCCGACGGUCGAAGAUGAGAUCAACCUUCCGUACUGUCACGCAAUUAUCAAGGAAGUCGAACGGACCCACAACCCAUUCUGGCUUGGCACGCCACACGUCGCGUCGGAGGACUUCACAUACGAGGGCCAAUUCAUCCCCAAGGGCACUGUCGUCAUCCUCAAUACAUACUCGAUGCACCACGACCCGUCGAGGCACCCGGGACCGGAGAAGUUCAACCCUGAGCGGUACAUCAACGACAGCACGAACAACACCGAGUCUGCGAACCUGGCUGACCCGUACGAGCGCGACCACUGGAUGUUUGGUGCGGGUCGCCGCAUCUGUCCUGGUAUGAUCGUCGCCGAGCGAGAGAUCUGGCUGGCGAUCUCCCGUAUGCUUUGGGCAUUCAACAUGGUUGAAAUUCCCGACAAGCCCAUCGACCUGAAGGAGUACGACGGACUGUCUGGCCGCUCGCCUGUGCCUUUCCAUAUCAAGCUCGUGCCGCGCCACGAGAAUGUCGCGAAGGUCCUUGGGUUGUAG